CCUAAAUGCCUAUGGAUACUGACUGGUCUUUGCUGUCAAUCAUUUCCAACCUACUAUAUAUAGCAGCGAUUCUUGGGAGAUAAAUAAGCAUGUCUUAUAGAGAGAUGUGCACAGACACACUAGCCUUUAGAGAGCAGCACACAAACACACAAGCCUUUGCAGAGCUACACACGUGAAUAGAUUCAGAUGGAGGUAGCCUUAUCUGCAAUUGCAAGUGACCUAAUCAACCGACUCACAUCAUUUCUGAUGAAGAAAUACAUGGAAAGUACUUCUAUAGAUGACAAGAUGAAGAGGCUGAAGGAACUCCUACUUAGAGUCCACAUAGUCGUCGAGGAAGCAGAUGGGCGAUGCAUCACAAACCCUAUGAUGUUAAUGCAACUCAAGAUGCUUGCAGAAAGCAUGUAUCGAGGGUACUACAUGCUGGACACAAUCAAGUACAAAUCACCAAAGGAUGAAGAGCAGAUUAUCAACAUUUUGUUGCAAAAUCCUUGUCAGCAGGGUGGUCCUCUUGUUCUUCCAAUCAUUGGUGGCUGCAGGGUAGGAAAGAAAGCUUUAGUCAGCCAUGUCUGUGGUGACGAGCGGAUCAGAUCUUACUUUCGUUCAAUUUUGUACAUCAAUGGAGAUAACAUGUGGGGAAUGGAGCACACAAACUUCAAAAGGGAGAGGACUUUGAUAGUAGGUGAAUUUUUUACAGACAUAGAUGAAGAUGACUGGGUAAAGUUCUAUUCUACUAUAAGUCAAAAGACAGAUCGAGGGAGCAAAGUGAUAAUCAUAAGUCGGAUUGGAAAGCUUGCAAGGUUUGGAACAGUAAAGACAGUUUGUCUAAACAGUUUAUCACAAGAGGAAUAUAGCUACCUUUUCAAGAUGCUAGCAUUUGGAAGCAUAGAUGAAAAGGACCAUCCUAAGAUGGCCAUGGUUGCAAAUGAUCUUGCAGUUGUCUUGGGUGGAUCACUGAUAACUGCAAACGUGGUUGCUGACUUGCUUAGAAGGAACCAUGAUUUUCAAUUAUGGAACAGCGUAUUGCAGCGCUUCAAGGAGAUGGUAAAAAGUAACUUGUCAAAAUAUGGUGAACAUCCAAAAGAUAUCAUUGAGAAAGAGCAUCCAAUAGACAUAACUAGAUUUGGAUCAUCUUAUCGUACUCGUCUUCAUCUGAUGCCACCUCGAGUAGAAAGGGAUGAUAGUCCAAACAGGAAAAAACCAAGUUUGUUAUUUAGAGACCUAAUAGCUGGAUGUGCUGCAAUUCCAGAUGGCGAUUUUGAAUUAGUAACAUGGGAAUCACGAAUACCACCUCAUACCAUGUAUGUGCAGUCUGUUGUAGCUUUCGUCAAUGUUAAGAAUGGAUGUACUACAUCUACAAGGAAGCGUCGAUCCAACGCUUGAUUUGGUUCAAGCCAAGAAGUAGUGUAACAAUGAUUUGCUAUAUUCAAACUGAGUGAAUAAUAAGUCAUAAUGAUUUCAGCGCAAAAUAAGAGUAUUAUGUGUAUAGCAAUGAUCUUAAAGCACAGCUAUAGAUUGUUUGGUUUUGACAUAUGCAUUCUACUUGUGCAUUUUUGUGUUGUUCAAGAAGGAUGUAAUGAAGUCAAACUUGUAAUUCGAGUCUCCUAUGUACACUGUCGAUAUAUAUGUACUGAAUAGAAAUAUUUUCUGAAGUU